UAACCUUCGUCGACCUUGGUCAUUUUGACUUCACAGCGUUGAGGUCUAUUUGACUUACCAGGGCUCCAAUUUUUGACGGAAAAAUCUGUCGAAACUUGCAAUAUGCGAUUCUCACACGCGGUUACUUCAUACACCGUGAGAAUUUUCCAUCACUUUCGCACGCGGACUCACCGCCUGACCGAAGUCUAUUUAGUAGACCCACAACGCACCAGCAAUUGUCAAUACACCCGGAGCAAUGGUCUCGUUCACAACCGUCUUGCAGGUACUGUUUCUGGCGUGUGUCGUGGCGUCCGGCGUACCGCCGGGAGCGGAAACCGACGCCAAGCGAUCCGAACCAGUGUCGGUGGCGACUGAUGACGGCUCCGGUCAACGCGUAACCACGCCAACUCCGCCGGUCACACAGCCCAAAGACGUAACUAUCCUCAAACAGAUAAAUAAGGUGAACGACGAUGGUUCGUACACGUUUGGAUACGAAGCCUCGGACGGCAGCUUCAAAGUGGAGACCCGUGACGUGGCGGGCAACGUUAAGGGAAUGUUUGGGUUCAUGGAUGACUCUGGGCGGCUGAAGCGAGUGUCGUAUUCAGCCAGCAACUCGUCCGGUUUCCAAGCGGCCGGAAGUGAAUCUCCGAGGCCGUCACCGGACCCGACGGCCCCUUCCGGGGUGCAGACGAUCGACGGUCGAAAAAAUAAAAAGGACGACGGCGGCAACGAGUCGGACGGCGUCAAGUCGACAGCAGUUGGAGUGAAAAAAGUAUUGGUGUCCAAGCGACCYGUCGUGGUGGCCACAGUUCCAGAUUUGAGGACGGAGACGGAGAAUGACGUGGACGAUCGGCACCGGCGUGGUGGAAACGACCUGCGCAGACAGUUGCCCAGGAACGACGACGGAGAUGCGCCCGACGUGUACGGCGUGCACGGCCGGUCCAGCAUGCAGGAGUCGGGACCUGUGUCUCCCGUUGUGUCGGCGCUCAUGUCCGAGCUGAUGCCAGUCAGAUCGUACGGUCGUCCGACAGGGCCACCGCCGCCACCAACACCCAUCGGACACGAUGAUGUCGUCAGCAGCAGACGAGCAGCGCAAGAGCUCCAAGAAGAUGAAUACGAAGACGGACAACAAUACGGUGGCCCAACAACGGGUCAGUACCGCGGUAGGCGUCCCUCCACCGCGCUGUACCAGCAGCGAGCCUCGUACCCGACGAUGGCUGCGGCGGCAGCGUACCAACAACAGCGGCCGGUCGCGUACCUCGCACCACUGCCUCAACGUGGUCCCAGUCUGGUGGCUCUACGGGACGAACUCAUGGAGCUCAUACUGUCGUUCGUGCAGGCGCGCGUUUCUCAACUCGUUUCUGUCGCUUCUUACCCCGCGCCYGUUCCAUACCCAAUGCCUUAUCAGCAACCCAACUACUACGUUCCCAAUUACUAUCAGGGGCCCCGGAUGCCCAGUCCAACGACGGAACAGUCCCAAGAAUCGUCGCCGAUAGUCACGCAAACGCUWAAGGACGGACUAAUCCGGAUGCUAUUGUCCACCAGCCCACGAUACGAUUCAGAUAGGAUCAGCGAGCGUUCGACGACUAGGCUGGCGUACCGUAGUACUACCACGCAACCAACGCCCAUCAGGAGCGUGCAGAUCAUUAGUAGUGGCAGUGGUGACGACGACGACGAUCGGGUGACGGAUAACAGAYCGGUGACAACCGAAACUCCAGACUAGGCUGCUGCCUUAUUAUUAAAGUAAUUGCUAGCGAAUUGAAGUGAAAAAAAUACAGUUAAUUAUUAUAAUAUUUUAUAGUGUUGU